AGUAAAAAAUAAAUUAUUCUACAAUACAUUCUUAGUAAUAAAAUAUUUUUUUCCUUCUUCUUCUUCUAAUAAUAAUAAUAAUAAUAAUAACAGUAGUAGUAGUAAUAGAAGAAGGAGUAAAAUAAAAUUUAGUAAUAAAAUAACAUUUCAUCAUCUUCUUCUUCUUCUUCUUCUUCUUCUUAUUAUUAUUAUUGAAUGAAAAAGCUCCAGCACACUUGCCUACCCCUCCACUGAAAAAGAAAGGAAACAUGGCCAACUCUCUGAUGAUUCUGAUUAUGAUGUGAUUCAUAAUGAUGUGACCCAAUUCCCCCCAGGUGACGCCCCCCAACCUACUGACAGUCACUCUCCCCUCUGAAGCUGCAAUAUUUUUUCUAUCUACCACGUACACUCACUUUUUCUGUACAUAACUAUCUAUAUUUUUAAUUUAAUACACUCUAUCUUGUCUGCUGCUUACAUAUUUCAUAUUUAUAUAUAGCAUGUUCAUCUUGCACCAUGGUCUCUUGCACCUCAGUAUUGUUUUUCCCUUGUUAUUGUGUUGCAUUUUUAUAUUUUUGUAUUCUUCAUUUCUGUAUCCCCCUUGACCUUAUAUCUUUGAUUCUGUGUUUGCACCUGACAUCAAGACAAAUUCCUAGUACUGUAGAGUGUCCUUUACUGUACCUGGCAAUAAAUUGUUUCUGAUUCUGAUUAUGAUGUGAUUAUGGAGAAAGACGUCUCACAGUGGACAUGGACAUGGAAGAAACACGGCUUCUGUUUACCCACAUGACUGGAACCGGCCGUCAGUUUACUCUGACCAUUUGGUCUGAGCUUCCUGUUUUAUAAUUUAUAGAGGGUGAGGGAUGAAGGGAAAACCAGCAGUCGGCCAUCUUUCAUGUGGGAGAGAGGGCAAGCACGGUAUGGGGUGUGUGUGAGUGUGUGUGUGUGUGUGUGUGUUUGAUCCACAGAUUUAAGGUAGUGGGGAUGGAGAGAGAGAGAGAGAGAGAUGGAAAGAGACUGUGUGUGUGUGUGUGUGUGUGUGUGUGAAAUGAACAGAAAGUGAGUGUAUAUUUAUGAGAGCAGCAGAAAAGUGUGUUUUUGAGAGACAGGUAAAGAGGGUGCACAAGUGGUGGAACAGAGACACGACCCAGGACGGCUCCAUGGUAACGACAGACCACAGCAUCCGCUGACUUUCGGGGGGAAAUAAAAGAGAAAAUCAUCCAGGACUGUUAGAACUUGGAUGUCUUCUAGUCCACUGUCAUGUCCGUACCAUGUCUCAGCCCACGCCAGACCUCCCGCUCGUCUCCGACACCGCUUGCUGGAGCACCAACACCAAAAUGGAGACAGAAAUCAGCGCCAGACUUUACAGGAGCACUCGUGGGUCAGAAGGAGGGAAAUGUGUGCCGUGUCCUCUCCGCCCUGCCCCUCUGUUCCGCUCCAUCGGGCUGACGGGGUUAUCUGCCAGCCUGCCACCUCACCGCCGCUUACGCUCCAUCUUACACAGAGCGCGAGCGGUGCGGCCUGAUAAUGCUAAUGAGACCAAUAAGGCUCAAGGUGGCUCGAAUGCUAACACACUCAUUUCUGAUGCUACUGACCGAGGAUUGCCUUUCAAAGACUUUCUGCCUGAGAUCAUGACACAGAAACUCCGUCCAUCUCAGACCCAUCAAGAGACGCGAACAAGAGGAAGCCGCUCAAUCAGAGACACGAAGACCUUCUCCAGCUUCCAGUCUCAAGCAGAGUCGCGUUUAAACCCCAACAACAAUCUCACAGAUACAUUUCAGAGCUGCCACAGCAUGGGACACCAAGAUCCUUCAUCAAAGACUUACACUAGCAGGAGGACCAUCGUGUUUCCUCUCACACAGAGCGACACACACUCAGCAGCAACCACUGAAACACCAGUGAGUGCCAACAGAAAGAGGUGGAGCAGGAAGAUCAGACAGAUUUUGACCUCUGAGAAAGGCAGUGAUGAGCAGGAUAUCAGUGAGUGUUUUCACAACCUGGUCAUAACAGAUGAUCAUCCCUCUUCCAACAGGAAGAACCUGAAAGCUUCUGGUUCUCCAAAGUCUAACAGAAACGAACUAGACAGUGAGCAUGAAGGAAAAGGGGCGUGUCACACCCGGAGAGACCGACGCCCACAUUUCCUGCCUCCAAUAUCUCAGUCAGGAUGCCUGUUAGACGUUCCAUUCGUCCUUCCAGAGAAUUCCCCUCCUCCAUCUCCCAGCAGUGUUUUCAGCACUCCUUUCUUCCCCCUUAGUGUCCCGGUACUUCCUGUCCGUCCCCAGCAUGGAAAGAGAGACACCUAAGACACCUGAGACACCUGAGACACCUGAGACACCGGAGAAUCCAAUGCAAAUCCAAUCGACUCUCAGUAUUAAACACAUUAUUUUACAAUUUUUACAUUUACAUUUUCGAUAUAUAUCACUGAGUAAGCACUGAAUUUGAACAUUGUUUAAAAUUUUAUUGUGCCAACUGAGCAUAAAUCUCUCAAAAAGUUUAGGUUAGGUUUAACUUUUUAAUAAAUAUUAAGUAAAAUAAAAAGCAGUGGAUUUAUUGAAAGCAUUCU